AUGAAGCAGUGGAAGCGGCUGACGGGCCUGGCGGCGAAGGGCAAAGCGGGCGAUGCGCGCGCAACGGAAAGGGCUUCAGGGACGCCGCCAGGCGCGCAGCAGGCGAGCGGAGCGAGUAGGGCGAGGAGCAGCGGCGCGGCGGAGGGGAUGAGAGGCAUGGCAGUGACGCAGACGGACUCUAUCGAGGAUGAAUUCCAACAGGGCUUGCAGGUGCGCGCUGUGUGGGGCUUGCAGGUGCGCGCUGUGUGGGGCUUGCAGGUGCGCGCUGUGUGGGGCUUGCAGCUGUGCGCUGUAUGGGGCUUGCAGGUGCGCGCUGUGUGGGGCUUGCAGGAGGUGGGGGAGAUGAGGGACAAAUACGAGCGCCUGCUGGCAGCCGUGGCGGACGCACAGGAGAGAGCAGCAGGUGCGCUCUUGGGUGGCUUCCAAGCCUGCGCACUUCAACUAGUACUCAAUCAUUUCUUGGACUCCCAACUGUUGCCGCUUCUGUCUGUCCGUCCAAGCCCAGCCGCACCGCAUGCUCUUGUCCCUCCCUCUACGCCUCCCCCACGGCACAUGCAUGCUGCCAUCGUACUCGCUCCAUUGCCACCCAUUUCUCAUGCCGCCGCUGCUCUCCCCACCACCAUACCUCUCAUCCGAACCGAACCCGUCUCUCUCCACCCCUCUCCCCCCCUGCGCGCAUCAGAGUGUGCGGAGGCGCUGCACCAGCUGGCGGCGGUGGUGGCGGAGGCGUUUGGCGGCGUGGAGGAGGGCGGCGCCGGGGACACCCUCGUGGCCGCCGCUGCUGUGGAUGGCCGCCUGGCCGAGCUGCUCUACUUCUACCCACUCGCAUCUCACUGGUCACCCCUCUUCCGUCUGUCGGCACCUCCUACCCGCUGCCCUCUCUGCUCCCACAUGCCCCCAGAGCCUGCACUUGCAGCAGACACUGGCGGAGCCGGCAGAGGCGCUGCUGGGGGAGAUGCAGCACGUGGUGGUGAGAUGCAGCACGUGGUGGAAACGAAGGAGCUCUACGAGCAGAAGAGGAAGGCGCAUGCGGCAGCGGCAGUGGCGGCCAAGGCAAGGCGCAGAGAGGCGGCCGCCAUGGGCGCAGGGGGGGGCGCAGGGGGGGAGGCAGAGGGGGCGGGGGGGCCGGAGGAGGAGGAGGCGGCGGCGCGGGAGGAGUUUGACGAGGUGGCGAUGACGCUGGGGUGCCGCAUCCUGGCGCUGCAGCAGCGCCAGCCGCGCCUGCUGCUCACCCUCGCCGUCAAACACCACGCCGCCAAGGUGCGGUGGGUGCGGGGCAGUGCAGGGGAGCUGCAGCGAGUGCAGCCGCACAUGCUGCACGUGCUGGACGACCUGGGCCUCGUGCACACACCGCUGCUGGCGCCCGUCGCACAGGGGGACGUGGACGAGUGGGUCGACGAGGGGGGGGCAGGCAGUGCAGUGGGCGCGAGGCAGAUCUGCCUCGAUGCCUUGAGCGUGCCACCCGCAUCACCUCACGCCCCAGCUCAAGGCCUCGCCUCUCCCCCCUCCCCCCAGCACGCACACCCCUCCACACCCGCACACAUCGCUGCCACCGCUCCUGCUGCCCCCGCCCCCUCUGCUGCCUCUGCACCACAUGCGCCUGCCACGCCUCCUGCUGCACCCGCGCAUGCACCGCCACCCAUCCCGCCCUCCACCUCCACGGCACCUGCGCCCUCCCCUGUCAUGCCGCCCGCCCCCACCUCUGUCAGGGCAGAUGCCCCUGGCCCAGGGGGGGUUGGGCGAGGCAACGCGGUGAGUGGCGGCACAAGGAGCAUGCCUCGCAGUGUGGGCGAGGGAGCAGGCAUGCAAUCAGGAGGCGUGCUGCAGCAGCCACAAGUCCAUGGAGACUCGCCCACAGCACCACCACCACCACCGCCGUCACAGGGCCGGCAUCGCAGCAGCAGCAGCACGGGGGCGGGGGGAGCAGCGCGGCCAUUGCUGGGGGCGUCCAAGUCGGGUCCCAUCUCUGCCGCCGCCUACCUGGGCGCUCUCGCUGCCUCUGCUGCACCUCUGGGAGGGCCGCUUGUUGCUGCAGCCGCCACAGGGGGGGCCAUGGGGGCAGCAGGCAGCAGAGGGGCGGCAGUACCGAGGGGAGCGGGUGCAGGCACGGCGGGGCGGGGCAGAGCGCCUGACAUGGAGCCGUGUGCAGCGCAGAUGUGGGGCCCUCUCCCCCGCCCGGAGUCCUUGCAGGGGCCUUGGCGCAUAGUCUCUGCCGCCCCACCCACACCGCCUGCACCUGCACCACCGCCACCUGCUGGCCCUGCCACCGCUGCUGCUGCCGGGUCUAAGCCCACCCCAGGCGGCGCCAAGCCUACGCCUGGCGGCCCUUUGAUGCCAGGCACAGCGCAGGGGGCUGCUGUGGGUGCUGGCAUGGGGGCAGGGGCUGGGCAAGGUGCAGCAAGCGGUGGCACUGGUGGAUCAGCAGCAGCAGCAGCAGCCGCAGCCGGUAGGGGACGGGGAGCAGGGGGUGGUGGUGGGGGCGUGGGCAGCAAUGCGCCAAGGGCGCGAGUGAGCAUGUCGGGCCCCAUUCUGCGCGGCUCCUACCCCUACGGCACAGCAGCCCUCUCACCCCGACCCAUGCUCGCCACAGCCACCGCUCUGCCCACUGCGCCUUCUGCUGCUGGAAGCUCCACGCCCUCUGCACCCAACCCCUCGUUGCCCUCCCCGCCAGCGCCAGCACCAUCAGCACCACCAGCACCAUCAGCAGCAGCAGCAGCAGGAGCAGCAGGCAGAGCCCCAUCUGCGGUGCCUGCCGCCCUGCGCGUGCAACAGACCUCGUCUCUGAAGACUCCUGGCAGCACCGUGCAUGCGCUUGUGUCCCCCCGUCCCUCCGCCGCUGCACCUGCUCCGUUCCACCUCGCCCCCUCGCAUGCGACCCAUGUCGCCCCGGUGGGGGCGGGCAGCCGCGCAGUGAGUGGCCCCAUCACGCGCGGGUCGCUCUACUCCACCUUCGGCCUCAUGGCCGAUGCCCGCCCCGCCGCCUCCACCACUGCUGCUGCUGCUGCUGCUAGGCAAAUAGCGGUUCCGGGAACAGCAGGGAGCAGUGGUGGGGCGAGUGGAGCAGCAGCAGCAGGGCGUGGCAGUGGUGGUGGGGUGAGUGCCGUGCGGCUGCACAAGUCGGGCCCCAUCGGCCCCUCCCAUCCCUACUACUCCUCCCUCACCCCCCUCUCCCCUCCUCGCAACAUGCCCCUUCACGCCCUCCCCCCUCCUCCCCUCGACAUCCCCCCCACUGCUGCUGCAACGGGUGCCGCUGCUGCAGGAGGCAUCGAAGGUACAGAGGGUGCCGGUGCUGGAGGUGGGGAUGGGGCAGGCAAGGGGAGUGCGGACAGCAGAGCUGGGGGCAGUGGCAGCGCAGGAGUGGCAGGUGGGCAGGGGCAGGCGUCCCCUGCUGCCACCUCCUCCAUCCUGCAGCAUCACCACGGCCGCCCGCCACCCAUCGGUGCAGGUGGAGGGGUGGGAGGAGGGGGCACGGCAGGGCGGGCGCGGGUGGGGGGGGCGUCGCGCAACCCAUCGGUGGCAACGAUCAUGUCGGAGGGCAGUGAGGAGGGCGGAUCCAGCACCAGCAGCAUUGCCACCUCGCCUGCUGCUCGCCCUGUGCCCUCCUGA